UAUGUGUACGUACAUAUUUUUGAAAACCAUUAAAAAUUCUAAAGAAAAUUAAAAAAACCAACGAAAGAAAUAUUUUGUACAAUGGAUUAUAGCGAUAACGGAGAUACUAAUAUCGAUAUAGUGUGUCAAACAUCGGUAAAUGAAUAUUUCGAUCAAGUCAUUGGCCACAUAGAAGACAUUGUUCUGAGCGAAAAAUUCCAAGACUUGCAUGAACAAUUCUUGGAAAGAUAUUGGUCGAAAUUCGAAGACAAUGAAGAAAACAAAUUGGAAUAUAUGGAAGUAUUUGAGGAAUAUACCACAACAUUUGAGACAUUCUUUAUGGAAGAAUUAAACCGUUGUAUGGAUAAUUUUGAUAUGGAGAAAUUUGCUGAAGAAUUAAAUUUGCAUGAAUCUUCACCAAAUGCUAUGGGUUUUGUCGAUUCAGAAAUUUUCGAAUUGUUGUAUUCUUUUAGUAAUUUUCAAAUUUUCAAGAAUUUGAUGUUAGAUUAUCGCAGUAAGAAGGAAGGCCGCGUACAACAUUUGGAUUUUAAUAUUCUAAUAACGAAACCAUUACAUCAAGAGGCUGAAUUGUUGGAUAGAGUUGUGGAUACAUGUUUAGUUAAUAAUAUUAAAUAAGUAUGGUCUUGAUUUCUAAAUGAAAUGUUAAAUUUAUGUGUGAUUUUGAAU